UUUUUGUUAUUACCACUAAUUUCCCCACCGAAGUUAGCGGUAAUUCCAACCAAUACACUUUGACCCUUUUGUAGAGAGUCGGCCAUAUUUCAAAGUAAUUUAUUAUUCACAACGUCGACAAACUACCCUAGGAUCAUCUUUCAUCUUAGUCUUUGACAAUCAUAUUCUGAAAUUCGCUUCUUCAAGUUCUGGAACCUUCGCAAUGGCACAGAAAACGCCGGUUAGCCUGAUGAACGAACUUGCGAAAGCGAACAAACUUAACCCCGAGUACAAAGUCAUCGAAGAGAGUGGACCGGCUCACAAGCGAACGUUCACCGUUCAACUGACUUUGGGCGACGUGGGUAAGUGGGAUGGCCAGGGAACAAGCAUCAGAAGUGCUCGACAUGCAGCUGCUACUGUUGGAUUGGAAAAGUGUGGUCUGUGCAAGCCAGAAGUCGAGAAGCCUCUUGUUCCUCAAGUGAAUGUAACGUCCACUGUUGUGCUGAACGUGCUGGCUAUGAAACUUGGCAAGCUGACUCAGUACCAUGAUUUACAACCUAAGAUUCCUUCGUACCAACGACCUGUUAAUAUGGGUUACCAAAACCUUCAGAUGCAACACCAGAUACCCGGGGUUCAUCACAGAGGGCCACUGCAUGCUCGAACCCACUAUGGGAUGUCCCAUCCUGGCCAGGAGCAGCAUUUUCCCCCUUACAUCCAAAAUGGCUAUCACCCCCGUUCUGCCCCGCCACGUGUACCAAGAAUCAGCUGUGUUAAGCUGGUGGUUGGAGAUCAGGAAUUUUAUGGUGAAGGGCGUGACAAGCAGUCUGCACGCAAAAGUGCUGCAGCAAAGGCUGUGAAAGUUUUGCAUGAAGAGCUGGCUACUGUAGGAGAGAAGAAAAACUUGCCCAUGAAGGCAGAUGAGCCAGCUAAUGUUCAAAAUGGUGAAGGAAAUGCGUCGCAGUCUGAGGAUGUGACCAAAGGCAGUACAACUGAGAUGAAAUCAGAGAUAAGUAAAGUAUAUGAAAUAGCAGCUAAACGGAAACUCCAGGUAGGGUUUGAAGAUGUCAAGAGCAGUGGUCCUCCCCACAUGAAACGCUUUGUGGUGAGUGCCACUGUUGGUGAAUUUGUCACUACAGGAGAAGGCUGUAAAAAGAAAGAUGCCAAGCAAGAGGCAGCAAAGAAAAUGCUGGAAGAACUGAAAAAGCUUCCAGAGCUACCAGCACAAGAGACAAGCUAUAGGAAUGCUGGCCGGUUUGUGCGCCGUGGUCCACGUAUUUCCAAGGACAAGCAGGCAAAGGGGGAAAUAGACCCGUCUAUGAAUCCUGUUAGUAUCCUUGGACAGAUUCUUCAGCGCAGACACGAGCAGCCACCAGUUUAUGAGCUUCUUCAUGAGAAAGUUACAGCAAAUCAGCGAGAAUUCACCAUGCAAGUGACUGUGGGGCAACAUAAGGCAACAGGAGCUGGCCCAAACAAGAAGGAGGCCAAGAAGAAAGCUUCUGAAGCAAUGCUGCAGUUGAUAGGCUUUCGUUCCAGUGAGGGAAAGUCAGCUAAUGCUCAGGUAACCUAUCUUAACCCUUUUAAACCCUAGUUUCAAAAUUUGAAUUCUUAGUUGUUUUCUUCACACAUUUCCAAUAGAAAGGAGAAAUUUCAUGCUGAUGGUUCUUGGGUUGUCAAGGCCUUUUUUACUCUCCAAUGAACAGAGCCCUCUAUAAAUUGAACUAGUGCCUGGCAAAAAGCUUUAAGUGUUCUGUGAUUAUUGGUAGUCUCUUCUCACAAAUCAUUAUAUUUGUGUUGUUUUUUGAAACAGAGAGAAUGUGACAUUAGGUCAAGAGUCCCUUAGAGGGAAUAGGCUAUUUUUGACUUUCUCUACACGUGACUUUGGGCAAAGUCUUUGAUAAAAAAUUUUUCUUUCUAGUAAGUGAAUAAAUCUUUUUGUCUCUUGAAAGGUUUUGUACUUGGCCUUAUUUUGAAAGUGAGGGUUGAAAAUUUUGUUGCUAGGCCUGUAAAUAAAUUUAAGUUUAUAAAAUAUUAUUGUAGCUUUCUUGCUCAAGGUAGGGAUGUGACUUUUGAGUAUAAUUUGAAAAAAAGCACCAUACAUGUCAAUAGACUGAUUUUAAUGGAUGUAGUCACUGAUUCAGUUCUUUUAACCAAAGUUGAUUUUCUUUUCUCAAUGCUCUUAUGCCAUCCUUUUCUCCGAAGGGAGACAAAUCGUCGAGUGCAGAGAAAACUAAUGGUGACGAGAAAGGCUCAUUCAAUGGUACAGAACCUGGCAGCCAUCCUGUCACCAUCCUAGGCCGUCAACUGAAGCCAGGUCUGCUGCCUAUGGUUCCUGAACUAGCCAAACAGACUCGAUCGGACAUGAUGAAUGCAGUAGUUGCUCCCAUUGCACAAGUGAAGCAUGAACCUCAGGUAAAUAAACCUGUGAUCAGGCAUUCUUUUUAUUCUUUUGCGCAAAAUUUGAUGGAGGAGCAAAAAGUACUCCUUAUACAUUUACUUUUCAAGUCGUCUGCCGUCCCUCAGGUGCUAACCUGUCAACAGCGUAGUUAUGGUGCAUCGAGCUAUAAAUGUGACCCAAUAAGAUUUUACUGAAUAAUCAUGUGGUUUGUAGGAAGGUGCAAAGAUAGUUUUCAGGCAGGAGAAAAAUGGCAUGUUGAGAUUUUGUUUAGAGAUGGGUUGAGAUGUUACUGUUAUUCAUGCAAAUUUAGGUGACGUUCCAUUGCUUACACUGUAAUGCUCACUUUCUUCUGGUACUAACCAGUUUAUAAAGAGAUGCAAGGGGUAAAGUUGUUUAUAAUCUAUGGCCGAUGAGUUGGGUGUGAAAAAUAAUUUUCGGAUGAUUUUGAAGUGAUGUUCUAAUCUUUAUGCAGUGGUUACCAAAGAAUAAUUCUGUUAAGUUAAACUUACCUGUCAAGAGCUGCACGAUGAGCUUUGGGUUCUUGCAAAUGAAUCACACUGAAAUUCAAGUAGGCAAUUUUGCAACUGCGAUUCUUCAUGAAAUCACUUCUAAUUUACAUGGCUGUUUGGAAUUGCUCAUUAAAUUACCCCCAAAAAAUCCCACCCUAAGUUGUCUGCCAUGUAAAAUGCCCUUUAAACAUCGCCAGUGGGUGGUGUCAAUUUUGUUUCAGAGUGUUGCCCAUUUUUUCCUCUUCAAGGUGAUUUCUUAGAGUAUAAGGUGAUUUUCCUAGAUUAGAAAAACUACCUCCUUGAGUUACACGAUCUUUGUUUUUCAGGAGCCUGCAUUACAAGGAGGGCUAAACCGUGCUCCAGGCGCUCCUGUCGUCAAGACAACACCUGCUAUGUUAACGUCUGUCCAGAAGCUGCUGCAUCUAGCUGAAGUGGAAGGAUUAAGAGUACAAUUCACUGACUACCCUAAGGUUAGUUUAACAACCUUAGCCUUAAAACUCUCAUCAAUCAUCAUCUUCAAAACUUUAUUAACAUGUCUUAGUAGCUAGCCCAGAGUAAUACCCUCUUCUAAAAAAUUGGGGACACUUAACAGUACAUGUGUAAUUAAGAAAACCUACUGACUAGUGAAUGAUCAAAAGCCUAUUCGGUACUAAAAGCCUAGUUACUUAAGAUUUAAAAAACUGCCUAAAAUAGAAAUCCAGUCUGGAAAAUUUCAUUCUGUUAUGAGUUACAAAAAAUGCAGUUAAUUCAAUUAUCGUCUUCUACCAUCGCGCUUAGAUCACAUUUCCGAAUAUGAAGUUUAAACAUGCAUGCUUCUACAUGCAUAUUCUCCACUUUGUUCUCCUUUUAUUUCCUAUGGUACUUGUGCAUCUUUUACAGUCAGGUGAUGUUUUUUUUUUUCUUUCUCUCUCUUGUGACUUAAUGUUUGACUAACUACUGAAAUGCUAAUUAGCAAUAGUUUUGGAUGAGGCCGAGUAUGAUCUGACAGAUGACACCCUUCCAGAGUAUUAUUUUGAAUGAAUAGUAAUGAACUAUUCACAGUUUUAAAACUAUGCUAAAAUAUGCUUACCUUGUUCAAUGUUAAGUUCCCAUCUUUAUUUGCAUGUUCCUUGGCAAAUUCAGGAUAUAAAGGGAUGUGUAGUCUCACAGAUAUUCUUUAACACAGUCAUCCGUCAAGUUGUAUUUUUGCCGUCCAUGCUAUGUUUUUAGGCAGUAGUUUGGCUAUUUUGUCUUCACAAAACUUGUGAGAUUUUUACCCCCAUUUUCUACAGCUCUAGCAAAACAAUUCAAAACCUUGUCCUCAGGGUCCUGUUUACAGGUGUAUAUCUGUUCCUUAUUCUUCACACUUUUCAGGAGAGAGAAUAUCUGACUCUAGUCACAGUGACCUCCAUUCCACCUCUUACAUGCUAUGGUUCAGGGUUAACUGUAGAUGCUUCCAGGGAGGAGGCGGCAAAUAGUGCUUUAAAGGCACUGCUUCAAUCUGGUUUGGAUCGGUCAAGUUCAGUAAAAUCUCUCGAAGAAAAUCCAGGUACGUUGCAUCCUCAAAGAGCUCAUAUGGUCUGUAAAUGGACAACGGCCAAAUUAAUCUUGUUUUAUUUGUAAACCGAUUUCAAAAGACCAGGGCCAAAUUGUUCAAAGUUGGGUUAAGAUAACCCAGGUUGGUUUAGAACAAAAUUGGAAUUUGAAUUUAAAAUCUCAAAAAUCAGAUUCAGUUUGGUUUAUUUUGACUACAAUUAAUUUUGAUGAUUGAAUGCUCUUUUUAGAUGCAUCUUUUAACGAAAUUAACUCUUUUCUAUUUAAACAGCAUUAAAAGCUGUAUAUUUUAGAUAUUUUAUAGCUUUUAAUAUUUUAAUCUAUCUGACAUUUUAACAUUUUUUUAACCUGUAGCUUGUAUUAGUUAAGUUUUUAGGUCUUAACUUUUUACUUUUUUAUUACCUUUCAUAUUUAUUUAUCUUAGAUCAUUUAUUUUUCUAUUGUUUUACAGGGCCUCACUGAAUAUCACUCACUGUGAAGUGAGCUCCCUGUAUAAAGAUUGUUUAUUAUUAUUAUUAUUAAAAAGAAUGCAGAAAACUAACUGCGUCACUCAUCUUGCAGUCUUCAGUUUUGAAACCGUUUCUGUCUGGAAAUCAUCUACCUAGCUAACACUUUCAAACAGACUCACAGGACCACUGAGGCUUAUUUCACUUGCCCACUGGGCCAGUGACCAAACAUCUAUUUUCUGCUUGCCCAAGAUCAAAUUUUACUUGCCCCAGGCAAUCGAACCUGGGUUUUUCCUGCCCUGCAUACACUGUAGUUACUGGACAAUUGAGUGACUAUUAAAGCAUCUUGUGUGAAUAAUCAUAAACAUGUACUUAGAUGCUAAAAAGUAAGAAGCAGAUAUAAAAAAUGGCAAGCUUUUUCAUUUCUCUGGAAACUCAAGAGUUAGGUGUAACCUUGAUUGAAAUGUUUUUGUUUUGAUUGGUGAACUUUCAUUUCUUAAGUUCACCAUUAACGGGGACUUUUUAUCUUGUUUCAUGUAGGAAAUAUGAAACCUCAAAUGUCUGUCAACUCUGAUGUGAAUGGUAGUGAUGAAGGAAGGGAAAUUCAAGCAAAGAAAGAAUAAUUUUUGGCUCAACGCAACAAGUUGAGGGAUGGAUAGUAACAAUGUACGACCUAAUGUAUCUGGUUCAAAUGAAGCCCUUGAUUCUGUGUACAACAUUGGUAAUAUUCUGUGAAGUGUGUAAAACAUAACAAGUAGUGAGAAAGUGGUAAAAAAUAAUUAUUACAGAAACUAAUAAUCUAACAGCCCAGUGAUAAAAUGAGAAUCCACUGAAAUGAUUUUUUUCUGCAAGUUAAUUUUCACCACUUUCCAGUGUUAAACAUCGUUUCAACAGUGUUUGUUAAAAUCAUAAUGUAAUAGUUGCAUAGCAAUCAGUUUUUAGUGUUCAAUUAAUUUUAUUCAAGCAAAGUUUUCAUUAGCUAUAAGAGCAAGCAUUGUCAGAGAGAUUGUGUAACUUUUCAACUUUUCCAUCUGCUUAAAGUUAUCAUUAAAGUUACCAAUAACAUGGGUGGUUUAAACGUUCAAUUCCCCACCUAAAAUACAAAUUAUAAGUUAUUAAUUUGUAUUUUGUGUGGUGUAUCAUUGUAAGGUCGGCUCUCUCUUCGUUAACCCUUAAGCUUCAAGAUCCUCAUACAAAUUCUCCAGACUUAUCUCCAUACUUUUCCUUAAAACUUACCGUCAGUUGCAUCCAAAAGUGGACAGGAGACAAAAAACAUGUUCCAAUAGAAUGCAAGACAUAACGUGUUUUGCCACCAAACAUUUGAAGUUUGAUAGCUGUUAAAGCAAACUGUUACACCAAAGGUAAGUUUUUAAUGUAUGUUUUUGAUCACCACAUAACUUUCAUAUUUCUUUUUUUCUCAACUUUCAGGCCUAUUUCUUGCUCGGAAACAGCACACUUGCCUUAAGGUCUAAAAAUUCUUGCAAUGAAUAUUUUGUUGAGCAAAAACAAAAAGUCGACAACAGCUGCCUACUCCAAACUUCAAAUGUUUGGCAGCAAAACAUGUCACCUUUGCAUCCAAUUAGAGCAUGUUUUUUCUUUACAUGUAUAUGCUUAGGUGUAACCAACGGCAGUUGUGAGCAUUUGAUUAUAAAAAACAAAGCAUUUUCCCUUUGGUGUUCACUUCUUGAAUUCUUAUUAUCUAAUGUCUUGAUUAUGUAUUGAUAUUGUUGCGCAAAAACUGGUGUACGCUACUCCUAGGACUCGAAGAGGUUAACUAUCAUCUCUCAGACACAGACUCCUUGUUAAAUCAAGCAGCCAGAGGUGGUCCCUGAUGUUAGUGAAUUUACCCAACACAACGUGAGAGGAAAGGAGACAGCAAACCUUGUGUGAGACAAACAUAACAAUAAUUUUGUUUGAAAUAACUGUUCACCAAAAUUCACUCUCCUUUAAACAGAUUGUUUUGAAAAAGACAAAAAAAAUAUUGUUAGGUGAAGGUCCCAACAAACACGCAAGUAAUAGGCCUAUCACAUUUGUCACACCCGAGCGUUUUGCCGUUGUCUUCUUCCUACCCUCCUGUUGCAUAAACUCACUAUUGUUUAUGCAGCUAUUUUCUUAGGCUCCCUAAACUGACAUCUCCUAGAAGGGCAUGCAGACCUGGCCCCCACUUUGAUCAACUUAGAUCAUCAAUCAAACUAUAAAUUACAAUAUUGGGUCUAGUAGCCUUGAGGUUGUACAUUUUGUCACCAGGAUUGAGGAUUCUAUCCCUAGUUUUGCAGGGUUAAAUUGGAUAAUAAUUAUAAUCUUUUAUAAUUAAGUACUCUAGCUAGUACAUCCUGGUAGAAUACCUGAAUAGAAAGGCAUGUGACCUUGUUCUACAUUAAUUUUUAUCCAGUCAUUAUGCUGUAUUCCAAAAUUUCAACCAUGGGACUCGCAAUACUCUUUGCCAAAUGGCUGUAACAGUUUGAUAACUUUUCUCGUAUUGACCUAUUUCUUAUCUGUUACACUAUUAAUUUUUGCUGACCACAAAUUUGAAUACUUAAUAUUUAUUUUUUGCCACCCAUUCUAAUUUGGUUGACAGCUCAGUUUUAUGAAAUUGGUCAGAAAACAUUGUCUCUGUACUGAUGCAAGCUAGACUUUGAAAAUACUCUUCAGUAGUUUUAAGGUGUCUGAUGUGAUGAAAAGUUACCGAUUUUAAGGGGUAUUUAUUUAUAUAUUAAUUUACACUCUCCCUUGUUGUUUUUUUGUCUAAUUUAUGUGUGAUCUUGAAAGCUUUGCAUUUAAACCAGGGAAUCGUCGGAUACAGGCAUUUUUAUUAUCCAUUGUUUUACUGGGCAUCAUGAAACAUUACAUAAUAAUAAUUAAAUCCAAGUCUGCUAGUGUUGCUUUUGUUGGGAGUGGUGGGCUGAUAAGAGCUCUUCAAAUCAUUAAUUAGAGAUGUUAAGUAUUCUAUUUUAAGGCAAAAAGCUGACAUGACCAUAGAAUACAUUUAAUAUACCAGACAGCAUAUAAAAAACGUUUUUCAUGAGGGUUUUCUUGAAGGAAAAGACUCUUAAACUGAAAAAAGCAUAGAUUAUUAUGAGAAUAAGCAAACAAAGAAAUUGUACAAUAAAAAUGGCCAUGUGGUACUCUUUCCUGUGAACAUGAUACUUAGUACACCUGUCAAGACACAAAAGCCACAAAGAACCAUGUUGCUGUGCUGUCGUUUUCUCAAACUUCAGUUUUAUGUGUUGUUAACCUGAUUUCCCAUACACAAUCAUACUCAAGAUACACCAUAAUUCUUUGAGAGUGGUUGUAUGUGCAGAAUGGAAAUGCAGUGAAAGUACUUGAUGUUUUUGAAAGUCACAGAAAAUAACAUUGUUGACUCCUUUGUGAAGAUCGUGUCACAUACUGGGUAUCAGCUCA